GCGAGGACAGCUGAAUAAUUGGGAGCUGGAAGUUGCUGCUGCUUCAGAGACAUCUGUUUGGCUAUUACUUCUCCCUACCUCCUCCUCCCCUUUUUAAAAAAGCCAAACAUUUGCUCAUCAUCCACCUGCAGAAAGUGGGUUUUACUGAAGAAGUUGCAGCUGCUCUCUUCUUGUUGCCAGCUACCCAGCAAGGCUCCUGAGGGAGCUGCUUCUCGACCAGGCACGACUGUGGUGCUAGCAAAUUUGAAAGAGCAGGCAACAACCUUCGCGUGCAGAGUUUCUAGCCUUAGAACACUCCAGGCUAGACAUCCAAACAGCUGGGCAGCCUGAGACCAUUGGUAUUGUGGUCACAUCCCUCCUCCAAGUGAACAGUCACCACCGGCGGCAUUUGGAGGGAGCCGUGAUGCUGCAGAUGCUGUGGCAUUUUCUGUCUAGCUUCUUCCCUAGGGCUGGGUGCCAAGGCUCCAGAGAGGGGACAGAUAAUGAAGUCAGAGGCACCCCAGCACCUGCUCAAGGAGACCAGGUGUCAAGCUUUUUGGGGAAACAAAACGGAAGGGCUGAAGCCACGGACAAGAGUCCCACCAUUUUACUGGUGGUCGGACCUGCUGAGCAGUUUCCUAAGAAAAUUGUACAAGCGGGAGACAAGGACCUCGAUGGGCAGCUAGACUUUGAAGAGUUUGUACAUUAUCUCCAAGAUCAUGAGAAGAAACUGAGGCUGGUGUUUAAGAGUUUAGACAAAAAGAACGAUGGACGCAUCGACGCUCAGGAGAUCAUGCAGUCCCUGCGGGACCUGGGCGUCAAGAUAUCUGAGCAACAGGCAGAGAAAAUUCUCAAGAGAAUACGAACGGGCCAUUUCUGGGGCCCUGUCACCUACAUGGAUAAGAACGGCACGAUGACCAUCGACUGGAACGAGUGGAGAGACUACCACCUCCUGCACCCUGUUGAGAACAUCCCCGAGAUCAUCCUGUAUUGGAAGCAUUCCACGAUCUUUGAUGUGGGUGAGAAUCUGACGGUCCCCGAUGAGUUCACAGUGGAGGAGAGACAGACGGGCAUGUGGUGGAGACACCUUGUGGCAGGAGGCGGGGCGGGGGCCGUAUCCAGAAGCUGCACAGCUCCCCUGGACAGACUGAAGGUGCUCAUGCAGGUCCAUGCCUCCCGCAGUAACAACAUGUGUAUUGUUGGUGGAUUCACCCAGAUGAUUCGAGAAGGAGGGGCCAAAUCACUCUGGCGGGGCAAUGGCAUCAAUGUCCUCAAAAUUGCCCCUGAGUCAGCCAUCAAAUUCAUGGCAUAUGAGCAGAUCAAGCGUCUUGUCAGUGGUGACCAGGAGACUCUGAGGAUUCACGAGAGGCUGGUGGCAGGGUCCUUGGCAGGUGCCAUCGCCCAAAGCAGCAUCUAUCCCAUGGAGGUUCUGAAGACCCGGAUGGCCCUGAGGAAGACAGGCCAGUACUCAGGCAUGCUGGACUGUGCCAGGAAGAUCCUGGCCAAGGAGGGGAUGGCUGCCUUCUACAAAGGCUACGUUCCCAACAUGCUGGGGAUCAUCCCCUAUGCCGGGAUUGAUCUAGCUGUCUAUGAGACGCUCAAGAAUGCCUGGCUGCAGCGCUAUGCUGUAAACAGUGCGGACCCCGGUGUGUUUGUGCUCUUGGCCUGUGGCACCAUGUCCAGCACCUGUGGACAGCUGGCCAGUUACCCACUGGCUCUGGUCAGGACCCGGAUGCAGGCACAAGCUUCCAUUGAGGGUGCCCCAGAAGUGACCAUGAGCAGCCUCUUCAAACAGAUUCUGAGGACUGAGGGGGCCUUUGGCCUGUACCGAGGGCUGGCCCCCAACUUCAUGAAGGUGAUCCCUGCUGUGAGCAUCAGCUACGUGGUGUAUGAGAACCUGAAGAUCACACUGGGGGUACAGUCACGGUGA